AUGCCCAUCUCGAGAAGCUUGGUCGUCCCCCCCUCCGCCAAGCAGCUCCCACUGCCUGAUUCCGCCUCGAGAGCCUUUCUCGUCUUCAUCUCCUCGGAAGACCCCGAGACCAAGCAGCCGUGGUGCCCCGACGUUCGGGCCUCGUGGCCGCACAUCCAGGCCGCGUUUGGCGGCGACGAGGCACCGACCGUGUCUGUGGUUCAAGUUGGCCAGAGGCCAGAAUGGAGGGACCCCGAGAAUGUGUUUCGGAAGAAUUGGAAUGUCAACGGCGUCCCGACGCUUGCCAGGUAUGAGCGUGUGAAUGGCGAGAUUGUCGAGACGGCUAGGCUGGAUGAGACGGGCAUCAUGGACGAGGCCAAGUUGCGAGGGUUUAUUGGUUGA